AUGAUGAUCGCAUCCGGGACGCGUACGUUUUCAGCACACUUUUCGGUUCUCGAUCUCGAAACAGAAGGUUUCAGCAAAGUUUGUUCGCGAUUGUCUUCGGGGACUUGCGAGACAGGACUGGAAAGCAUAUCUCAAUCUGCGCAGCAUUGGAUUUGGAGUUCGAACGAAGAAAAUUCAAACUAAAUGGUAAUUUUCAUUUUCUUUCAUUUAUAACAAGAACGAAUCGGAAAAUCUGAAUUCCAGCCAUGUAUCCACAAUUGUGGAAGGAGCAAGUCAAGAAGAAGUUCUGCCAGUAUCAUCCGCUCCGUCAGUUCCAUCGUUUCCACUUCUUCGACCAUGUUUUGUUUAGAUCAAUUUUGUGAGGACUUUCUGAGACCUACAACCACUUCCACAGCCUUGCCCACCACCACGACUUCCGUUCCCCCUCUGACCACCGCGGCUGCUCUCCUUCCCGACGAGACCACUUCCGACGGAUUCGUCACGGCGAACAUGGGUCUCAUCAUCGCCGCAAUCAUCGGAAUCGCUCUCGUGUGCCUUCUGAUGGUCUGCGGAGCCAUGUACUUUAAGAGAAAAUCGACGAAGAAGGGGAAAGCGGAAGAUGGCGGCGACUCGAAGAUGACGUCCACUUCCACGUCGGUCUCCGCAUCGAACAGUUCGGCGAGCAAUGUGAAGAAGGAGAAGAAGAAGAAGAAGAAGGAAUCGCCGGCGGGCAAGGAAAAGUCCGAUUUGUCCGGUAUCAAGGCCCGCAAUCUGUACUCGGCAACGGCUCCAGUGUAGCUGAUGAUUUUACUUGUUCGUCUGUUUCAAUAAAGGUUUUUUAAUGCUUUGUAGAUAAAAAAUUGUUGGAUGGAACCUAAAAGUUAGACCAACAAAUCUGCUCAAGGUGUAUUGAUUUCUGUUUGUUUCACUGGAAAACGUGAAAUUCGUUCUCAAUUCCUCUUUCGUAAUCGGAACGGCCCCUGCAAAUGCGUGAACUGUACACGUCGGUUCCGCAAGUUCAACUCCCUCCAAACUUUCCUGAUCAUUCUUGCUUCUCACUGUCAGAAUGAUUACGUUGAAAAGUGUGGUCGUGUGUUUAUUAUUUUGCACAUUUCCAAGUGAGUCCAACAAUCAGAUUCCGGCCGCUCAACUCGAGUUUUAGUCGUUCAAGACGCAUUGCACAGUUCCGGUCAAGAGGACUCGACGAACAUCUCAAAAAGUAAAAAUUAUAACUUUUCCUCAAAUGCGGACCAGUCUCUUCAGGGUCCCUUUCGUCUGAGUUCGAUGUGUUCGUGGACGAUUUGUCGGCACUUGCCAGAAUUCUGAACGGACUUUCGUUGGACUGCCAGCUGAGAUCGAGAUCUGUGGAUGCGGUCGAGGUGGCGACGGAGAUGGCCGGCAGUGGAGUUCCGAUCGGACUGCUGAACGAGGUGAUCGGAUGGAAAGGGACCGAGUGGGACCAGUUGGACAAGGACCUCGGAGCCAUGACCACGCAGAUUGCCGCGUUCGGAACCGGUGCCACUUGGGACGAUACGAAGAUCCAAGGUGGGUUGGCAGAGUUGGAGAGACUGGCGGAAGACGUGAAGCCGUUUGCCGAGAAGUUGGACGCCGCGAAGAUUGACGAGUUUUUAAAGGGAGUCACCGAACUGUCCACAUUGAAUUUGACAGUAUUAGACGGAAAUCCGGCCGCCGAUCUGCUUAAAAAUUUAAACGAUAUCGAAAGUAUCACAGCCCAUCCGGCUCAUCUGUUCGAAGACACUGUGAUCAACUCGAAACGAGUGCUCUCCGCUUUGAAGAUUCUUGAACAACAUCGUCCAACACUGGACGGAAUCGAAAUAAAGAUAGAGUCAAACAUAGACAAUAUCGGUCCGUUCGUGUCGAUCGUCGAUAAUCUGAACAAAUCUUCGGCUAGCUUUUCUGUCUUGGCGGGCUUGGCCCAGGAACUGACUUCUUUUGCGGAUCAGUCGAAGAAGAUGAGAGAUCUCCUGAGUGCACUGCCCAACAGCCGGAAGCCUUUCGAAACGCUCAGAAAUUUGACGUCUUCUGCAAAUCGCCCACAUAUCCAACACACUUUCGGUCUCAUCAAUGGAUUCUCUGAUCUUGAGGCCAUUUCGUCGGAUCUUCAGAACGAAAGGAACCUGAAACUGAUGAGUGGAGGAGAGGAUAUGGGCGUGCUCAAAGAGAAUCUCAAAUGGAUCGAUGAGCUCAAAGUCGACUUCCGAAAGGCUGUGAAGAGUACAAGCCUGAUUCCUCAAGUGAAAACGCCAAUACAAUCAAUCGGAAAGAUCAUUGAAAAGCUGAGCGAAUUCGAGAGAAGUGUGAAUAGUACCAAGCAGGCGACGAGUUCUCUGAUCGAUUUCUCACAAAAGCUUCAGAUAAUUACACCCGAAAUCUCGAAUGGACGCUUUCAAGACUUUAAAAAGAACAUCGACGAGUUGCGACAAACCUUUGGAGGCGGAUUAUACGUGUUUCGAAAUUUGGCGGGCACGAAGGAUUUGAAGGUUCUGGAGAAGGUGAGCACGUUUGAGAAAGCAUUGGACACCACGAAGAACACGUGGCCUGCCAUCAAGAAAGAGAUCGCGGCAACUUCCGAUUAUCAGAAAAUUAAGGAAGUUCUCAAACAAGCUAGUUUUCGCUUUACGGUCCAGGGAAUCUUCGCCAAGGUGCUCGAUCUCUCGCGCAAAAUGCCGACCGCCGCUACCUCGAAUAUGACCGAAUGGGCGAUGGGCGUCAGGACUUUCCAGGCUCCUCAAAACCUCACAUCAGCACUUGCGACCACUCGUAACACAGCUACCGAAGUUCAGAGAAUUCGCAAAAGCAGUGAUCUUGUGAAUGCGAUGAAGACUGUGGUGGAGACGAUGAAAGCAUCGACCGCCGCGCUCACGAAUCUCCGACUCAAAGCCACGGAACUAUUGGCCGUCUCCGAACCUGUGGCCACGUGGGAGCGAGUGACAGACAUUUCGAAAACGAUCGGGAGUUCUGCUCGCUGCGCCUCCGCUUUGAGCAAAUUCUCGGCACGGACCGAUGAGAUGGAAAAGGCCGGGUUGAAAUUGGACACAAAACUGAAGUCGCCGACGCGGAAGACGGAAGCCGACGAAAUUGCGAAGGCGUGGGGAGGAUACGCGUCAUUGGAGUGGGAAGUGAAAAGUGGUCGCGAAGUGGUCGACAAUGCGAUGAAGGAGGCGGUGAAAGUCGGCAAAGCGGAGACUGUUCGCGACUUAGUCGGAGCCAUUGGGAAGAUGGAGCCGGUUGUGUUCAGCUGUCCGAAGCUCACGCAGCAAGCCGCACAGAUGUCAUCUUUCGACACUUCCUCCGUAACAGAGUUUUCCGGCGAAGUGAUGGCCGUUCGAAGCACUUUAAGGACGGUCUCCUCUCUGAUCCUUGAUUUCGCCACCUUCUCACCCAACAUCACAUCGGCGCCCAGCGCCAUCGAAGCAACUGCGAUGUUCUUCGAGUCGUUGUUCGGCGCGUCGUUCUCUCAGACAACUCCGGGAAUGUGGCAAACCUUCACUGAAUCCAACUGGUACAUUCCCUCGAUUAUCUUAACCAUCUUUGUUCUUGGUCUUUCUGCACUGGCCAUUUGGUGUUUGUGUAAAAAGCGAACAUCGGGUGCAGAUGAUGUCGAAAACAAAACAAACUUGCAAACGGAUGGGAAAGAAAAGAAGAAGAAGAAAAAGAAGGUAUCAGGGGACCGGUCGAACGAAACGAAGAGAAAGAAGGAUGAAGCCAAGAAGGACCGUUCAAAAGAGAAGCAGAGCGGGUCGAAGAGCAAAGAGAUUCCGGAAGAAGCGACGACAAAGGAGGAGGUGAAGAUCGAGGAUGAGACUGCGAAUAAGGAUCCGAAGGUGGAAACGGAGGUGGAGAAUAAGGAUCCGAAGGUAGAAACGGAGGCCGAGAAAAAGGAUGCAAAAGUGGUAAAAGAGACGGAGAAUAAGACUCCGAAAGUGCAAAAAGAGACGAAGAAAAAGGAUCCGAAGGUGCAAAAAGAGACGGAGAAUAAGGAUCCGAAAGUGCAAAAAGAGACGGAGAAUAAGGAUGCAAAAGUGGUAAAAGUGACGGAGAAUAAGGAUGCGAAGGUGGAAAAAGAGACUGAAAAAAAGGAUGCAAAAGUGGUUAAAACGAAGAAAGAAGAUCAGAAGAAACUUUCAAAAGAGGAAGUGGAAAAGAAACUUCGAAAAACGGAUGACAAAUACCCCACCGGAAUCGUCAAGUUGUAUCCGCAUAAUUUCAAGCAAAACUUCGGCGUCUUCAAGGAUCCGAACUACGACAAUCCGCCGAAGAUGAUUGUAACGAUGAUAACAGGAAUCAAGACGGCGGUUGCCGUCAGUAUUGGUAAGCGAAACGAAUCGGAUUUCAAAGAUUAAGUGUAGAGCUUUAGAAAGGACCAAAUCGUUCCUGAGGAGCCUCAAAUUGAAGAGUGAGCAGCAGAUCACAGAGGAGGCGAACGAGAUCACGCAUUUGGCGUUGGCGCAACAAUAUAAAUUUCAAAAGAUGAACGCCCUUUCCGACUUCUUCGGACAAUUCGACAACGCGUGCGGAUAUGAUGUCCCGGUCUAUGAGCCCGAUUCGGUGAUAGUCAUGAAGGUGAGUGUCCGAUGAAACGAAUCACCGCCGCAUCGUUCAUGAACUUCAGACGCCCGAGAGCGAAAUAUGCGGGCCUGUUGGAACGGAUCUACAAGACGGGGACCGUGAACCUGGCGUGGCUGACGAAUGCCGGAGACGGUGGGCUUUUUUGAUUUUCAUUGAUCGACUUCUUCCUCAACAAUAUCGAUUUCAGUAGUGUUGGACAGUGUGAAGAGAUUCUGGGGUGCGGUCGGCACGGUCAGAGAGCAUGCGGAGUACCGAGUGGAGCUCGUCUCGGAAACGUUAAUUGAGGCCAUUUACUCGGCGAAACUUCGUCUGUGGCACCGCGAUUCGUUGGUUUUCGGCGAGAGACUUGACAACUUUCCUCUUUUUCAGACCUACCAAGAAGAUGACCGUUUUCAUGAACACUCUCACGGCUGACUGGGUGAACGAAUGGCCCUCAGUCGAGGUGAUGGCUCGUUUCUGUCGCAGAGUGAACACGGUCGAGGUGGCCACCCUCGGAGUCGUCAUGUACAUGGCUGACACGUAUCGACAACUCCAAGUGCUAGUCAGUAAGUAGUGCGGCGUCUUGAAGACCAAUAAUACUCGUUGUGCAGCUAUCCGCCAGGCCUAUCACAACUGGAAUUCGCUCGAGGAGGCGACUCCGAAGGGCGCCGCGAAGCAAGUGCUCAAAAAGAUGUACGGUUCGUUCUUGGUCGCCUUCGACUACUAUUACGUCUACUUGACGGAUGUUCAACUUGGACGAGAGGUACACAACUGCCGUCUUUUCGCCCCUCCGAUUGAUUCAUUUCAGGAUAAGGAUGGCGCGCAGAAGGCAAAGUCCAGCGGGCACUUGAUUAUGGAAAUCAAGUUAGCGGAGAGCGGAUACGUGUUUACGCCGGAAGACGAAACAAUGAGUACAACUGUUAACAAAGAAGGAGAAAACGGAGACGAUGUUCCUGUUGAAUGA